AUGCCUUCGAUACGCUCUUGGGCGAGUCGUAUCUCGGCAUUGGUACCGUCUUGCAGACGGCGGGAGUUCGAUCCUUCUGAUCAUUCCAGACAACCCCAGUCUAGAUCUGAAAAACAGAAGUUGCCUGAGGUCAAGAAUCAGAUUGUGGUGAGAUCCGAAGACGAAAAGAGGAAUUCCGAUGCCAAAUCUGUAGUCGACGAAGUUGAUGAAGAGAUCGAAGCCCUGUCGCCUUCCGCGAGCAUCAUCGAGAACCUGGCAGUGGAAUUGUUCCCUAUUCAUCAGACAGUGAGUGAACUUGUAGAUAUUAAUCAUGAAAAAUAAAGAUUGCGAAGCUCUUUUAAAUUGGGUUUAAGAGCUGACCUUUUCAAUAAUACGACUCAAACUGCAAGAAAUCUUUUUCAGACAAGCGAGAAAGAGGAGGACCAUGAGAAGAUACCGGAGGUGUUGGUAAGUGGUGCCAGACGGGAUAUCUGCACGUCAAGGAGGAUUAGGACUGAAGAUGAGGUCGAGAAGCAUCGAAAAGGAGCGGGAAUUGAGAGAAGGGAAGGGACGGAGUAAUUGGGCAGGUGUAGAUGUAAAGCCAAAUCCGCAAGAGAGCAAUAGAAAAAGGUGUGUGACCGGGCCCGGCUUAUAGACAGGGAGGGGGAAGAUUCGGCGAGAAGUAAGAAGAGUCAGGAAUUAUUCCAAAACAUUUUCCCAACCCGAUUCGAUGCGAUACAGUAGUCAAGAGGGGGACGGUGCCCGAGGGCCGAUCUUGUAUUCCCGAGAGCUUCCCAUGUACAGGGUAAGUCGAGGGGGGACCAAUUAGUGCUAAUUAGGUAUGGCCACUCUAAUUUCUUCUCUCUUGCCGCGGAUUUAAGCCCUCAGGCACACGGACAUUUAAAGGCGUGGUCCUACCAGGUGAAGGUCUCGUUACGUCACAGAUGACACCCCGAUUAAGCGGAUCGGCCGGAUUCAAAAGGGAUGCCUUCGGCUUUUUUCAUCAGUCGGGCCUCUUGAAACUAUUUUCUAAUUGAUUCAGGUCUACGCAAGCACUCCUCAGUGUAACUCCCGCGACUCCAGUCCAGUCCGAGAAGCCAUUCCGCCUCCAGUUGAAACUGAGCCAGUCGAACCAGAUUCUGGGUUCAACUCUUCGACUACGGGAAAAGAAUCAGAAGCCAGCACGGAGACGCUUCAGAACUCCCACAUGCCGCCAAUCGAGGCCAGUGCCGUUAAUUCGGUUAACAGAAACGGGCAGGUAAGAGGUUUGGUGUGUUAUAUCUCAUGUUUCGAAAUUAUACUAAAUGGUGAUAAUAGUUUCGCACAAAACAUCAAUUGCUUUUAGUAUUAGGUUGUUUCAGGCAACAAUUUAUUAACUAUAAUUUAAAAUUUACUUGAAUUGAAUAAUAACAGUAAUGAGACUGAUAAGAGAUUUUAAUUGCGACUUAUUUAUAAAUCCUUUGGCUACAAUCGUCUUUGCCUCAUUUUUUCCCAUCAUUUACGUUGUUAUGUCGAUUAUAGAUGUCCAUUUUUAAUUUUUUAUCGAGCCUUAUGGCUUGAUGGCAUUUUGCCCGUUUUAAAGCGGAUAAUUUUAUUACAUUGAGAUCCAUGUAAAAAGUAAUAAUCUGAAGCGAUGAGGAUUUCCUGUGUCUCAGCGGGCUUAAGACUUUUCCAUUCCAGUUACGAAACUCGACCAGCAGUCCGCCCGGAGGGUAUCAGCGUCAGAAAUCCAAUUCCUCAGACGCCGAGAGACGACGCCAGCGCCGACUCCAGAUGCCGCUGAUGUACAGAAUGUAUGAGAGUCAGGUAAUUAUCGCAUGAUUGUUAUUAGUGUUAGUUGUUAUGUACUUCUCCGGCACGUUUUUGUGUCGUGCUUUGUUUAUUAGAAGUAAUUGAUGAUAUUUAUAGAGUGAAGAUGUUCGGGGAACAGUCCGGGGACCAGAUGAUGACUCUUUCAGACCAGAGGAAGCCAGUAAGCGCCUUAGGGCAGCGCUGGGUGGUGGACUCCGUAAGUGGAGAAUCUCUUUUCUCUUAUAUUAAUAUAGCUGCAGAGGCUGAUGACAAAGCGAUCAUGCAAGUCCUUCUUUCUCACACCAACUUCCAACGACAGAAAAUUGUGGCCGCUUAUGAGGGGAUGUACAAUAGAGUGAGUUUUUUAUACUAACCUUAUAUAUAAUUUAUAUUUUAAUUUAGAAACUCUCUGAUGAUAUUGAAGAAGAGGUUGGCGGUUUCUUCCUGGACGCUACCUUAGCUCUUCUGCAGCCAGCCCACGUUUAUUCGGCUCGUAUUUUGCACAAUUCUUUGUCCAUUCGUUCCGUUAAUCGAUCUAUUGCUGUAGAGAUUGCGUUGACCAGUUCUUCCUCGGUGAGUUUGAUGUAAAGAACAUGUGGAAUUACGUUAUUCAUGGUUAUACUUGCAUAUUUUUAUGAAAUCUCUUCAAUUACCGUGUAUUCACGGUCUUUUCUGAUCCUUUGUUAGUUGCCAUUUACAUUUGACCGAUGGUCUCUUCAAAAUAACUGUAUUUCUUUUAACAGUAGUCUAAUUGUAAACAGUAUUUUCAGCAAUUAAAGGUGAUCAAAGAUGCAUAUUUUAAUGAAUAUCAUGUGAGUCUGGAGAAGGAUCUGGGUCUCAAAGUGGAAGGUCUGUUCGGGAAGAUGUUGCAAUUGAUCUUGUUGAGAAAAAACGAUCCCUCGGACGACGUGGACAUUGAGCUGGCUGACAGUAUGAUUGCCGAGAUAACCAAGGUAAGAGAGACGACAUCCAGGGUCUCCAGAUUAAGUUUUCUAAUCCCGAUUCUCUCUUUUGGUUAUUCACGUAUUUUGUAUCCUCAGGGGGUUUCUUUCACCUAAUCCAUGUUCCAAAAAGAGAAGGUAAUCCAAUAGCAAGAAUUAGUGGGUGCCCAGACAUCUUCUCACUUGUAUAAUAUACAUAUUAUCCUGUUCUUUAGAACGAGCAUGGAGUCGAGGAAAUCGGGCGAAAUCUGGAUUUAUUUGCCCGGGUCUUCGCUAACCAGGGCCUUAAUCAGAUCCGAUGUUUCGUCGACAGAUUCGACGCCAAAAUGAACAGUGCACAUCAGAGUACGGAGACCAUAUCAGAGGCAAGCAAGGCCAAGGACUUUGAGUCCAUCCUCAGAAAGAGUGUCAACAUUCAUUCAGAAGUACGACAGAUGAUGUUGAUGUACUCCAAGAUCGCCCGAAACAUGCAAUUGUACUUUGCCGAGAGAAUACAUGAGGCCAUCUCGGGAACACGGCCUGAUCACUCAGCCAUUAUUAGAAUCCUCGUGACUCGCAGUGAAGUGAGUGACGUCAAUUGUAAUACUAUAUAACAUGAAUAAUCUUUUUAUUACCGUUCCUUUUUGUGUUGUAGAUUGACCUCCACGAUAUUUGCGAUGAAUACAAAAAGAAAUACGGUAGACACGUGGUACUGGACCUGCAACAGACCUGCAGCGGCGACUUCCUCCGACUUUUGAACCUCCUGGUAGUUCCAAUGGAGCAUAACGACGACGUGUUCUCCUAA